CGAUUGUGAAUUGAAGAAGUUAUGAAUAUUUUAGAUGUGAAAGUUUGAAUGUAAUUGGUGAGUUGGGUGUCCCAAUCUAAGAUAGUUUAGGAGGCACCAAAAAGAGGGUGAGUCCCACUUAGCAGCAACCCCUAGAAGGAACGACGCCGUUUGGAGGCGCAUAGAUAUAAUCGCAGCCCGCAAAAGACAGCCCCUCGUUGCCACCUCAGGUCAUCUCACCCUUUCACUCCCUCGACGGGUCCGCCUUAUUCAAACCUCUGAGGGCAUUUCCGUCAUUUCCCCCGUCUCCGGCGGCUCAUCUACUAAUAAAUAUAUAUAUAUAUAUAUUUCACUCACUCCAUAGCUCUAAACUUCCCCCCAAAUCUAGCUUCUCUGCGAUUUCGCCGUUGCUUUGCCUAAUCCCGAAGAAUCAGCGGCGGCGCCACCACCAACCUACAAAUGGAGUCAGCAACGCUAUCACAAAUCGGUCUCGCGGGUUUAGCCGUGAUGGGGCAGAACCUAGCCCUCAACAUCGCCGAGAAAGGCUUCCCGAUCUCCGUCUACAAUCGCACCACCUCCAAAGUCGACGAAACCCUAGAUCGCGCCCACCGCGAGGGCCAGCUGCCCCUCACCGGCCACUACUCGCCCAAGGAUUUCGUCCUCUCCCUCCAGAAGCCCCGCUCCGUCAUCAUCCUCGUCAAGGCCGGGGCGCCCGUCGAUCAGACCAUCGCCGCCCUCUCCGCCUACAUGGAGCCCGGCGACACCAUAAUCGACGGCGGCAACGAGUGGUACGAGAACACCGAGCGCCGCAUGGUCGACGCCUCCACCAACGGCCUGCUCUACCUGGGCAUGGGCGUGUCCGGCGGCGAAGACGGCGCCCGAAACGGCCCCUCUUUGAUGCCCGGCGGCUCGCACCGCGCCUACUUGAAUAUUCACAAUAUUCUCGAGAAAGUCGCCGCACAGGUUGACGACGGCCCCUGCGUCACGUACAUCGGCGAAGGGGGUUCUGGCAAUUUCGUGAAAAUGGUCCAUAACGGGAUCGAGUAUGGCGAUAUGCAGCUGAUCUCGGAGGCGUACGAUGUGUUGAAGAAUGUUGGGGGUUUAGGAAACGAGGAGCUCGCCGAGAUUUUCGGGGAGUGGAAUCGCGGCGAGCUGGAGAGUUUUUUGAUCGAGAUCACAUCCGACAUCUUUAAGGUGGAGGAUGAUGAAUCUGGCACGGGGCAUUUGGUGGAUAAGAUUCUGGAUAAGACGGGGAUGAAGGGGACGGGAAAGUGGACCGUGCAGCAGGCUGCCGAGCUCUCCAUCGCAGCCCCCACUAUUGCUGCGUCGUUGGACAGUAGGUAUAUGAGCGGGUUGAAGGAGGAGAGAGAGGCGGCCUCGGAGAUUUUCAGCAAGGAAGGGUUGAAGGAGGAGAUCAACAAUGUGGGGGAUGUUGAUAAGAAGAAGUUGGUUGAUGAUGUUAGGCAGGCGUUGUAUGCAUCCAAGAUAUGCAGUUACGCGCAAGGAAUGAAUCUGUUGAGGGCUAAGAGUUUGGAGAAGGGGUGGGGAUUGAAUCUAGGGGAGCUGGCGCGGAUUUGGAAAGGCGGGUGCAUCAUCAGGGCCGUGUUCUUGGACAGAAUCAAGCAUGCUUAUCAGAGGAAUCCGGGGCUAGCUAACUUGUUGGUAGACCCGGACUUUGCUAGGGAGAUGGUGCAGAGGCAGGCCGCUUGGAGGCGGGUUGUGGGGUUGGCCAUUCAGAAGGGCGUUAGCGUGCCUGGAAUGUCCGCGAGUUUGCAGUAUUUCGACACCUAUAGGCGCGGUAGGCUCCCUGCUAACCUUGUGCAGGCGCAGAGGGACUACUUUGGAGCGCAUACCUAUGAGAGGGUUGAUCGCCCGGGAGCAUAUCACACCGAGUGGUCCAAGCUUGCUCGCAAAGCCAGAGUCUAGUGGAGAAGAGGUUUGAGUGGUAUUCCUAUGGUUUUCUUGAGGCAUUAAGCUUGAAUUGAAGUUGUAUCCCUUGAUGAGAAUUUGUUGUUCACAAGAAUAUUUUGUAGCUUUGCAUUGUUGCGUAUGCAGUUAAUAAGAGAAGCAUGCCUUUGAUAUUCGAAA